AUGCUCAGAUCAGUAACUUCAAAGACUGUCUCCAACCAGUUCAAAAGGACCUUGGCCACCGCUGCUCCAGCCCCCAAGGCCCAGGUGACUCAAUUAUCCAACGGGAUGGUUGUUGCCACGGAACAUAACCCUUUUGCGCAAUCUGCCUCCGUUGGUGUGGUCUUCGGUUCCGGUUCUGCUAACGAAAACCCUUACAACAAUGGGGUUUCCAACUUAUGGAAAAAUAUCUUCCUCUCCAGGGAAAGUGCGGCCACGGCCGCCAAGGAUGGCUUGGCCCUGUCCUCCACUGUCUCCAGAGACUUUCAAUCUUACGUUGUUUCUUCGUUACCAGAUUCUACUGCUAAAUCGUUGGAUUUUUUGAACCAGUCUUUUAUCCAGCAAAGAGCCAGUUUGCUGUCCUCUUCUAAUUUCGAGACUACAAAAAAAUCCGUCUUGAAGCAAGUUCAGGAUUUCGAAGAGAUUGAUCAACCCAACAGAGUCCUGGAACAUUUGCACUCCACCGCUUUCCAAAAUACUCCGCUAUCUCUACCAACUAGAGGUACUCAAGAGUCCCUAGAGAACUUGGUGGUCGCUGAUAUGGAGUCUUUUGCUCACAACCACUUCUUAAAUUCAAAUGCUGUGAUUGUGGGUACCGGUAACAUCAAACACGAGGAUUUAGUGAAUCACAUUGAAUCCAAGAACCUAAGCUUGCAGAACGGCACCAAGCCAGAACUCAAGAAGAAAUCCUCCUUUUUGGGCUCCGAGGUCAGGUUAAGAGACGACACUUUGCCCAAGGCUUGGAUUUCUUUGGCUGUGGAAGGUGAAUCUGUCACUUCCCCACAUUAUUUCGUCGCCAAAUUAGCCGCUCAAAUCUUUGGCUCCUACAACGCUUUCGAACCCGCUUCCAGAUUGCAAGGUAUCAAAUUACUAGACAACAUACAAGAAUACCAAUUGUGCGACUCUUUCAACCAUUUUUCGCUAUCUUACAAAGAUUCCGGUUUAUGGGGGUUCUCUACUGCCACCAGAAACGUCACCAAUAUUGACGACCUGAUGCAUUUCACUCUGAAGCAAUGGAACAGAUUGACCAUUUCCGUGACUGACACUGAAGUGGAACGUGCUAAGUCACUGUUGAAAUUGCACUUGGGACAGCUAUACCAGUCCGGCAACCCUGCCAACGACGCUAACCUGUUAGGUGCAGAAGUGCUUGCUAAGGGCUCCAAAGAAUCUUUGGAUGAAGCCUUCAAGAAGAUCGAUGCCGUAACCGUUAAAGACGUCAAGGCUUGGGCUGGCAAGAGAUUAUGGGACCAAGACAUCGCCAUCGCUGGUACUGGUCAAAUCGAAGGGUUAUUAGACUACAUGAGAAUCAGAAGUGACAUGUCCAUGAUGAGAUGGUAA